AACUCGGAGUUCAAAGGUUAUUGAAGAUAGCUACGCUGUAAGCUAGCAGCUAAAAAUCAGUUUCUAAAUAUUUUAUGAAACAUGUCAUCGACAGAAGAAAACACGGACAUGGCUUUGCCAUGCGUGCUUGUCACUAGCUGUGAUGGCGAAUUUAAAGAAGAAGAGCUGAUAAAACAAAUACUCAACUCACAGCAUUUACCUCAGCCAACAAAGCGAGAGGACACGGUUGUUUGGUAUCCUUGGACCAUCAAUAACAAAUAUUAUACGGCUGAUGUGCAGUUGUGUGUUGUACCAAGCACAUAUCAAAUGUCUUCAGAGAUUGCUCAGUCGAUGCAGGCUUUCAUUGCUUACUUUGACAGCAAAGUGAAGGAUGGACUGGAAAAACUGAAUCCCUGGAUUCCUGUGGUGGAAGAUCUCAGCCCAGAGGUGCAAAUUCUUGUGUGCGACAGAGUCUGUGAAAAUGGUGUCACUAGGCAUGAAGCACAACAGUGGUGUUUGUCCCAUGCAUUUGAGCUUGUGGAGAUCAAUCCACAGGAGCUACCAGAUGAGGACGAUGACUUUCCAGAGUCAACAGGAGUAAAGAGAAUUGUCCAGGCUCUUAAUGCCAAUGUGUGGUCCAGUGUGGAGAUGAAAGAUGGGCACAAUCAGGGUUUUGGUCUAAUGAGCAGCUUGGUUGCUUCCAGACAUAACAACCCACGCCACAGCCAUGAUUCACCGUCCUGCAGCCUGCCAGCAGAGGGCACACUCACAAGUGAGGAGACCAACCAUACAGACAGUGGUUCAAACCGUGACACGCAGGAGGUGUCAGUAGUAGAUGCAAUGACUGAUUUAGACAUACAGGAACUUGCGAAUCUAACUGCUGGGGAUGCAGAUGCAGAAAAUUUUGAGCGCCUAUUUACUAAAUUAAAGGAGAUGAAAGAUAAAGCUUCAUCUUUACCACAUGAGCAAAGAAAAGUUCAUGCUGAAAAGGUGGCAAAGGCCUUUUGGAUGGCUAUUGGUGGCGAAGAAGAUGAAAUAGAUGGGUUAUCUUCUGGUGAAGACAGCUAAAAUUGGUUACCUGCGGAUCAGCCAUUGUCCCUCCACUUUUUUUCUGGGGUCAGCACAGGUGCCUGUUGACGUUCUCAUCAUACUUGGAAGGUGGAUUCGCUCACAGGUGGCACUGUAAGAAUAGAUCUGAGAUUCUUAGAAUGAAACAAUGUAUACUGAAAUACUAUUGAGAGGGUAAGCUAUGUGUGGCCCCAGUCCUUCCUCUUCUUCCCCAGCGUCCUUUAAUAUGCUUAAGCCCUGUGUGAUCUUCAAUAGAAGGUUGGAACUGGGUGG